GUCGUGGCGCGGCUGGGGGUAACAGGGCUACUGUUGCCGGCCGGUGGCGGCGGGGAGCGGCGGGGUCAUGAGGGCGAGUCUGGGGCGCGGCAGCCGAGCGGGCCGGUAGACGCGUCGGUCCUCGAGGACUCCGUGGGCGCAGGGGUCGGUGCAGGGGCCGGGAGGCGUAGGGAAGCCGGGGCCUCCCGCAGGGACGUGUCCUGGGCGAGGCGGCCCGUAGUGUGGAAGCAGCUUCAGGUAAAGGUUGCCCCAGCCGCCGCCGCCCCCUCGCCCGCGGGACUCUGCGGCCCCUCAGCACCCUGCUGCCCAGCGGCUGCCCGCCGGGGCCGUGCUCGGUGGCCUGGGAGCAUCCGUUUCCUGGCCCUUCCCGAGCCUGACAGCUGGGUGUGUGACUUAGGUAGGUGAGCCCGUGAAACAGUAUGAAGAGGAGAAAAUAGCCUUAAGGAAAUUGGCCCACAGGAAGGAUGGCCUUCUUGGACAAUCCAACUAUUAUUCUUGCCCAUAUUCGACAGUCACACGUGACCAGUGAUGACACGGGGAUGUGUGAGAUGGUUCUCAUUGAUCAUGACGUUGACCUAGAGAAGACCCAUCCUCCUUCAGUGCCUGGAGACAGUGGGUCAGAAGUUCAGGGAAGCAGUGCUGAGACCCAGGGCUACGUGUAUGCCCAGUCUGUCGAUAUUACCUCAAGCUGGGAUUUUGGUAUUAGAAGACGCUCAAACACAGCUCAAAGAUUAGAACGACUCCGAAAAGAGAGACAAAACCAGAUCAAAUGCAAAAAUGUUCAGUGGAAAGAAAGAAACUCUAAGCAAUCAGCCCAGGAGUUAAAGUCACUGUUUGAAAAAAAAUCCCUCAAAGAGAAGCCUCCAAGUUCGGGCAAGCAGUCCAUAUUGUCUGUACGCCUGGAGCAGUGCCCUCUGCAGCUGAAUAACCCCUUUAAUGAGUAUUCCAAGUUUGAUGGCAAGGGCCAUGUGGGUACAACUGCAACUAAGAAGAUCGAUGUCUACCUCCCCCUGCAUUCAAGCCAGGACAGACUGCUGCCAAUGACCGUGGUGACAAUGGCCAGUGCCAGGGUGCAAGACCUCAUUGGGCUCAUCUGUUGGCAGUAUACAAGUGAAGGACGGGAGCCAAAACUCAAUGACAACGUCAGUGCUUACUGCCUGCAUAUUGCUGAGGAUGAUGGUGAGGUAGACACAGAUUUCCCGCCGCUGGAUUCCAAUGAGCCCAUUCAUAAGUUUGGCUUCAGUACUUUGGCCUUGGUUGAAAAGUAUUCAUCUCCUGGUCUGACAUCCAAAGAAUCACUCUUUGUUCGAAUAAAUGCUGCUCAUGGAUUCUCCCUUAUCCAGGUGGACAACACAAAGGUCACCAUGAAGGAGAUCCUGCUAAAGGCAGUGAAGCGAAGAAAAGGAUCCCAGAAAAUUUCAGGCCCUCAGUACCGCCUGGAGAAGCAGAGCGAGCCUAACAUCGCAGUGGACCUGGAGAGCACGCUGGAGAGCCAGAACGCCUGGGAGUUUUGCCUGGUCCGAGAGAACAGUUCAAGGGCAGACGGAGUUUUUGAGGAGGAUUCACAAAUUGACAUCGCUACAGUACAGGAUAUGCUUAGCAGCCACCAUUACAAGUCAUUCAAAGUCAGCAUGAUCCACAGACUGCGGUUCACAACUGACGUGCAGUUAGGUAUCUCUGGAGACAAAGUAGAGAUAGACCCUGUUACAAAUCAGAAAGCCAGCACUAAGUUUUGGAUUAAGCAGAAGCCCAUCUCAAUCGAUUCUGACCUGCUCUGUGCCUGUGACCUUGCCGAGGAAAAGAGCCCCAGUCACGCAGUAUUUAAGCUCACGUAUUUAAGCAGUCAUGACUAUAAGCACCUCUACUUCGAGUCUGAUGCAGCCACAGUCAGUGAAAUCGUGCUCAAGGUCAACUACAUCCUGGAGUCACGAGCGAGCACUGCCCGGGCUGACUAUUUUGCUCAAAAACAAAGAAAACUGAACAGACGUACAAGCUUCAGCUUCCAGAAGGAGAAGAAAUCAGGGCAGCAGUGACACUGGCCUCCAAUCUGUCGCCACAGCCCAGCUUGUCUGCAGGGCCAGGUGCCCAGAGUCCACCUUCAUCCUGCAGUGCCUGGGCUCCCAGGCAUAGGGCUGCUGGGCUCUAGGGGGAGGGGGAGAGGUAGGGGUGCCCUACUCUGGAGUCCAGGGACAUCGCCAAUGGACUGGAACCUGGCAGUGGCUUUCAGCUGCAAUGCCACAGAGCCAGACCACCUCCUGGAGGAGCCCCGCCGUGUGCACCGCCUGGCAGUGCCACCAGGAUGUAUAUAGCCAUGCCAGACAUCUCCUUGCAACUUGACCACAUUUCUUAAAGCAAACAAGGAACAAAAAUGUACAUUUCUUUUUUUCCUUUUAAUAAACAGGUGUACUCCUUA